AUGUUCCGAGCACGCAAACAGCUUGGCAAGCGACAAACGGCGGACAGCGGCAAUGGCUUUCGUCCGAAGAAGUUCCGGACGGAUCAGCAGGUACCGACGAUCGACGAGGGACAAAGGGGAGCUACGGAUGGUACAGUGCCGGACGGUGGCGCGGUAGCAAGCGGCGAACGGGAGGGCGAGGACGCGACCGCGAACAUGAGCAAGUACGCGCGACGUAUUGUGCGGGGCCAGACGGGCAAUGUUGUGCUGGAUUGUGAAAUUCCACGGUACGGUACACCGGUGGAACGGAAGCGCUGUCGGAAGGCGGGUGACUUCGUGAUCGGUUACGAGCUGGGCACCAGCCCGGGCGUCCCGCAGACGCAGUAUUUGGCCCGAAAGCAGGAUAGCAACGAGUUCUAUCUGUUGAAGAUACUCAGCUUUGAUCCGGAAACGGAAAUCGUGGACAAAGAAACGCUGCAGGGCAAGGUGUUGCUGCACAAUGAGUUCACGCUGCUCUCGAUGCUGGACGAUUUGGAUGGCGUCAUUCAUCAGCACGGAUUUUUUAGCGAUUAUGCAUUCGAAGAGCGUCAGGUCGAACGGGACGAUGGUACGGUACAGUCGAUCUAUACCGGCCGCAUCCGGCGUCGGUUGAUUCUCGUGCUGGACUGUGUUCAUGCGCAUGAAUUCUGUGACGAAUCGUCCGCAUUCAUCAGCCUCCAGCGUCAUAUCUCGGUGGCACGGCUUAGCGAGCGGGAUGCGCUGGAACUGUUCUACGAGGUGGUAAAGGUGGUAGAACAACUGCACGCUCGUAACAUCAUCCAUCGGGAUCUGAAGCUGAACAACAUUGUGCUCGACCGGCGUACGGGACGGAUUGUGCUUACGAACUUUUUCCUCGGGAAGCAUCUCAUCAACGAGCAGGAAUGUUUGUUUGAUCAGCGCGGAAGCCCGGCAUACAUUUCGCCCGAUGUGCUGGGUGGCAAACCGUACCGGGGAAAACCGUCCGAUAUGUGGGCGCUUGGGGUCAUCUUAUACACGAUCGUGUACGGAAAGUUUCCCUUUCUGGACACGACACCGUCCGCACUGUUUCGGAAAAUUCGUGAAGCGGAUUAUACCAUUCCGAGCGGUUUCAACACAACGCAUGAGACGAAGAGCCUCAUCAAACGAAUGCUGACCCUCAAUCCGGAUGAACGUUUGACCGCGUGUGAGGUGCGCAUUGAACUGGAAACAAACCUGCGCAAGUUUCGUCGACCAAGGAUGAAUUGUGAUCAGCUCGUGCCGGAAAUUGUGGACGUAGUACCAUCAUUAGCGGCAUUAUCAUUUUCGUCGGAUAAACCCGCGGCCCAAGGCGAUCAAUCGAUCCCAACCGGGAAGGAACCCGUUGCCGGAUCUUCCACUGUUGCACCGACGAAGGUGGAUACGUACGUAAAUGGUUCGGUGAAGAAGAACGCCAACCCGUCUCCUAAGUUCGAUCUAAGCGCGGAACCCUUUUCCCGCAUCCUUGAAGCUAACGUUAAUCAAUGCCGUGCGGGAGAAACUUCCAAGCCGAAGGGUGAACGCACGUUUAAGGUGAAGACCACGACGUAUCGGUUUACUCCUACUUCCAUGACGAAUCAGCUGUAUCGGCAGCAUGAUAUUGGGGAAGUAGUUGCCGAAGGAUUACUCUCGGGAGGUUCUCCAAAUUCCGCAUCAUCGGAACAACAGCCGACAGUUGGUGGUAGACGUUCGAAUGCUUCGACUACUAGCGCUACCGCCAGUGGUACUGGUGAGCAGUCGACGUCGUCCAAUGCAGGUCGGAAUUGGAGUCGAUUUAAUUUUAACUUGAAUCUGCAAUAUAGCGCGAGCUCGUAUAACAGUGCUGCCAGGGCCGUUGCUGCGGCAAUCGCUGCCGUGCAUAAUGUUGGAACUUCCAGUGCCAUGAAUCGUGCACGAAUGGAAAGAAUCCGCAAUGACCCGAACGGCAACCGUAACGGUUCCAACGCAACAAACGACCGUCCAUCUUUGCCCCGGCUGGUGAGUGUUAGUCAAACUGUCCGCACGGUAAGAUCAGCCAAUGGCCUACAGAACCCCCAACAAGUAUCGGCUCCAUCGUCACUACCCAUCGCCGGACCGGAUGCGACUGGCCCGGAACCCUUCGCAUUAGAUCAAACUGUGAAUCGACCGUCGCUGGGUACGCUAACACCGGCGGCACAGCGACUGUAUUCCAUCAUGAACUACAUAUCGGUGAAUAAUCGCGGUCCCGUGGUUGGUAAUAAUCAACCAACCACACCAGCAACGGUUCCGGCAGUCGCUCCAAUCGCCGAGAACGAUUCGGCUCUGAUCGGGCUCGACUUUAACGGCAUCAUUACACCGGACAUGGCGGACAAGAUUGUUGCGUACUUGAUCGUAAAUUUGCGCAGUCUCGACUGGGUCGCGAACGUGUUCCGUUCGAUCGACGGUGGCGUCAAUGAUGCGGAGCUGCGUGUUAACAAUCUGCUUGAGCUGUUGCGCCAGCUCGGCGUACGGAUGGAGGCCUGCAACGGGCAGAUUGUGAUCCGGGCCGAGCAGACGCGCGACCGUAUGCAGUUCCUUAGCUUGCUGCUCCGGAUCGCUGGCUAUAAUGAUAAGUACUUUCACCAGCGGUCUUCUUAG